CAACGGGGUCAGUGAAAGACGUUGGACAGGUCUGUGAAGAUUACUUGUAAAUUUACUACGAAAACGAAACCGUUUAAAACAAAAUGCCUGAAAUUGAAACAGAGACGAUAGUUAUGGAGCAUCCACAGAUAUUUGUGGAACGCACUUUGGCAGUAAUCAAGCCUGACGCAGUCGAUAAAUCUGACGAAAUUGAGGAGAUCAUCCUGCGGUCUGGAUUUACUAUUUUACAGAAAAGGAGAGUGCAUUUAACACCGGAACAGACAAGUGAUUUUUAUGCUGAACACUAUGGCAAGAUGUUUUUCCCAAGCCUUGUUGCAUACAUGAGCAGUGGACCCAUUAUGGCGUUAGUUUUAGCAAGAGAAAAUGCAAUAGCUUAUUGGAGAGAGCUGGUGGGCCCAACCAACACAUUGAAAGCGAGGGAAACACACCCAGACAGCAUUCGUGCGUUGUAUGGUACAGACGACCAACGUAACGCUGUACAUGGCAGUGACACGUUUUCAAGUGCAGAAAGAGAGAUCCGAUUUCUUUUCCCAGACAGUAUCGUAGAGCCAAUUCCAGCUGGCCAGGCAGCAAAAGAUUACCUUUCAAAAGUUGUCAAUCCAACAUUAUUAAAAGGACUUACAGAACUUUGUAAACAGAAACCAGAAGAUCCCAUAACAUGGCUUGCUGAUUGGCUGAUUGGACAUAACCCGAAUAAGCCAAGGAUUAAUGAGCCUUAUGCAGUGGAGGAACCAAACUAAAAACAAACAUCUGCCGUCAAUAAAUCCUCACAUCACAAAAACUCUCACUACCCGUAUUUAACUCUUUCAUCUCUGCAAAUUUUAGUUUAGAGCAGAUUCUUACAAUUUUGUGCUCCUAGUGUUUAAUAAUUGAUAAGAAAUAAGGUAUGUUUAUAGAAUACUUAGUUUUCAUAAUGCUGAAAGAGUUAAAAUACUGGUCACAUUAACACUGUACAGUGCCUUGUAGGUUUCAAUAUUUUUGUCUUUUUCAUAAACUUUGGUUGAAUUAUAAAAUAUUUCCUGUAUCUUAUAUUGUCACAUCUUUAUGUUUAUAGGUGUGUUUUAAAUUAACAUUAAUAUUUUAUGUAAUUUUCCCAUCACUAUCAUUCAUGGUGUUCUAGUGUAUAUAUGCUUCAAAUUGAGUAUUUGUAAUAAAUGUUCAAUAAUUGCAAUUAU